AUGAUAGUGCGUACACCAAGGGAUGUUUAGAAUUUGUAAUUUUCAAACAAUAAAGAAAAUAAGAACAAUAAUUAAACUAAUAAUCAAAUUGAAAAAACAAUAUAAGAAUGCAUAGACAGAUCAUCAUUACAAAUUGAUGUUUUAGAAUAAAUACGAGCAAGAUCAAAGGACAGAAAAAGUAGUCAGAAAACGACUGGCAGAACAACUAGAAGAUAUGAAGAGCAAAAUUAGAAUUAGUUGAUUUAAAAUCAAUUAACUAAACCUAUUAAACUCGAUUUUUAAUUAGAAGACUAAGAAAACAUAUUAGUAACACAUGAACAGAUAUAAGGGAAAUAAAGUGAAUUUUAACUUAGUUUAAAGGAUCUCGAUUAAAUGUUUGAGGAAACUAUUACAAAAAGCAGAUAAAUUACUUAAAAAUUUAAUUUUAUUAGAUGA